AAUGAAAGUAUUCUGGUACUCUUACAUAAAUCGGGUAACAAACUUGAUCCUUGUAAUUACAGAGGUAUAUCCAUUACAUCAAACCUAGGAAAACUUUUUAAUAGGAUUAUUCAUUUCAGAUUGCUAGAUUUUAUCAAGGAUGCAUCACUAAUUAGUGAAAAUCAAAUUGGUUUCAAAGAAAAAAGCAGAACAUCAGAUCAUAUUUUUACAAUUAAGACUAUAACAGAUUAUUAUAAAAACAAAAAGCAAAAGGUUUAUGCAGCUUUUAUCGAUCUCCGUAAAGCAUUUGACACUAUAUGGAGGGUUGGACUUUAUUAUAAACUUUUGAAAUCCAAUAUACACACCAAUAUGUUCAAUAUUAUAUUUUCUAUGUAUGAGAAUACAAAAACCAAGAUAAAGUUUGCUAAUGGUCUCAGUAAAUCAUUCACAUCUGAAUGUGGUGUUAAGCAAGGUGAUAUCUUAAGCCCAUCUCUCUUCAACAUUUUUAUUAAUGGUAUUAUUGAUGAACUUAAAACAGGCAAUUGUGAUCCUGUUCAAAUUGGUGAAAUCUCUGUAAAUUGUCUAUUAUAUGCUGAUGAUAUUGUUUUAUUAUCUGAAAGUAAAACUGGGUUACAGAAUUGUUUGAACAUUCUUGAAACAUAUUGUUCUAAUUGGAAACUACUGGUCAAUGUUGAGAAGUCUAAAGUCCUUAUUUUUAACUCAAAUGGUAAAUUUUGCAUCAAUGAGUUUACAUAUAAUGGAAGUGUUCUUCAAACAGUAUCAAAAUUUUGUUAUCUUGGAUUAACCUUGAAAUGUAAUGGAAAUCUGAACUUAGCUAUGUCAGUACUUAUGGAAAAGGCCAGAAAAGCCUAUUUUAAGAUUAAGAAAACCAUUGGUUUGGAUAAUCCAUGUAAACUUUUGGAAAAACUCUUUGACUCAAUUAUAACACCAGUUCUUCUUUAUUGCUGUGAGAUCUGGGGUAUUUAUAAUAACAUUGGUGAAAAUUCUAUAAUUGAAAAAUUUCACAUGAAGUUUAUUAAGGAAAUUUUAGGAGUACAUUGUAAAACUACUAAUGCUCCCUGCAGAGCAGAUUUAGGUAGACAACCCUUGUGGACAAGAAUACAUUUUUCAAGUAUAAAAUUUUGGAACCAUCUUAUUACUUCCAAGAAUACUUUAGUAUUUAAAAUCUAUAAAGCAACAGUCAAAACAAACUCAUGGACUAAAAAUAUUUUUUCAAUUUUCAAUAAGUUAGGAUUUUCAUUCAUUACCAAAAAAGAAAAUUCAAUAAAAUCACUUCUGAGAAACAUAAAACAAAGAAUAUCAGAUCAAUGCUUACAAGAGGAAUAUGCAAAGAUUCAUAAUUCAUCAAAACUAAAAUUUUAUCAAGUUGUUUUUAAUAAUUUCAAAUGCUGUGGAUACACUGAUAUAUUAAAAAUGAAAACAGAGAGAUCAAUUAUUAGCAGGUUGAGACUUAGUGCACAUAACCUUGCCAUAGAAAAAGGGAGACAUUUGUCUAUACCCACAGAUAAAAGAUUUUGUAAUAUUUGCAACACAAGGGAGAUUGAAGAUGAAUUUCAUUUUCUAUUCAGCUGCCAUAAAUACAAUAAUCAUAGGUUAACUUUUGAAAGGAACUUGAUGAUUUUUUUUCAAGGAAAAAUAUCAAAUAUGUCUUAUACUCAAAAAGUUAAGCUUUGCUUUAAUAGCCAUUGUCCAGAAAUACUGAAAAUAACACACUCACUUAUUACAAAAUGUCUUGUAUCUAGAAAUGAUUGCAUUACAUAA